AUGCAAGACUCUAAGCCAAGUCGUUUUUCUGGUGAGACCGCAAGUUCUCGGGAAGCCCUCCUCCCAGAUCCUGAGCACUACAACUUUGACGAAAAUGUCUCUCGCAAGAAGCCUCGGAAAUGGUUUAAGCCUGUGUUCGUUCACGGUCUAAUAUUUGCUUCGUACACGCUUGCCUUCAUUGGAUUAGCGAAGAGUAUCAGAGGUGAAAACUGCCAUCCAAACAUGAUAUUCUCACCUGCACGACAAGCGGUAAAAUACGAACUCAAUCAUGCCGAGAACGACUUGAUGAAAAAGUCUCCCUAUGCGGGAUUUCCUACACCAGAAGGCGAUCAAGCAUGGCGCGACCUUCUCCGUAACUCAAACAUUCGCAUUUCUGCCGAUGAGUUGACCAAACUGAAUCGCUCAAGUAUUCAACUGCAGGAUGGCAGCGGUGACUAUUUUGGCGGUUUAAGUGCGCAUCACCAUUUACAUUGUAUCAAAAGUGUGAGACGAGUGCUCUAUAGAGAUUAUUACAAUUUGCCUGAGGAGGAUUGGAUGUGGAGUCAUCUCGAUCACUGUCUGGAAGACCUCCGCCAAACAGUAAUGUGCCAAGCUGAUUUUUCUGUAAUCACCUAUGACUGGCUUCCUAAUUACCGUCGGCCCUGGGCAAAUUUCAAAGUCGACGGCGAAUGUGCCAACUGGGAAGCCCUUGAUAACUGGGCGGGUGAGAGGUUCUUCUCGCUGUUUGACGAGACGGCGUUAGUACAUCCUGAGUUGGGUGUCAGUUAUCCUAUGGUCAACGGAGAACCAACUAUGGAUAGUACGCCUCAUCCGCAGAUUCAAGAUAUUCAAGCUUUGAGAGAGGGGAGAAACCCAAAAGAUGUGGUAUAUGAUCCUAAGAAGGGCGAGAAACCAGUGGUUUGGGAGAAGUUGAGGGGGAAAAUGGACGAAGAUUGA